CAAAUAUUGGAAACAUUUUCAACUCAUAAAACCCUUCAAUUUUCACUAGUUUGUUCUUAUAAAUGUUGAUCUGUCCUGAGAACAAUGUAUUAUUCCUUCCUCCAAAAUAUUUGAGAAAAAAAAUCAUGGGCCGGCGAAAAAUUGAGAUGAAAAUGGUUAAGGAUAGCGGCUCGAGGCAGGUCACUUUCUCCAAGCGCCGAUCAGGGCUGUUCAAGAAAGCAAACGAGCUUGCUACCCUUUGCGCUGCUCAAGUUGCCAUCGUUGUUUUCUCCCCUGGAGGAAAGCCCUUCUCGUUUGGGCAUCCAAGCGUUGAGGCAGUGGCGCAAAGGUUUCUAAAUCAGGAAGCGAAACCAAAAGUUUCUAUUCCUGGCCAGCAGGUUGAGUCUCAGCAAGAAACUAAAGUUGAAAAGCUUAGCCAGCGGCUUAAUGACCUUCUCAAGCAGCUAGAGGCAGAAAAGAAGCGAGGAGAGAUGCUUGAUAAGGCGAUCAAGGCAAAUGGAAAACGCAAGUACGAAAAACCCAUCAAUGAACUCAACCUGCAUGAGCUUUUGGAGAUGAAGCAAUCAAUGGAGGAGCUUCGUGAGAAUCUGAAAGGGCGAGUUAACGAGAUUGAGGCUUCGUCUUCUUUGCUGCUCCUAUCGAACAAUGCUGUCAAAGAAGCUGAUCAUGAAUAAUCAACUAGUCAAAGUUGCUAAAAAUGGAAAAAGAAUGAAAAUUGUACACCAUCUCUUAUAAAACUCUGAAUCCUAAUAUACAAGU